AUGGAAAUCUGUCUGACUUUUAUUCUUCUCUCAUCCACACUCACACUCACAGCAGCUGACAGUGUGAGGUUGGUGAAUGGUGGAAGUCGCUGUGCUGGGAGAGUGGAGGUUCUUCAGGAUGGUCAGUGGGGAACAGUGUGCGGUCGUAACUGGGAUGAGGUGGAUGCUGCAGUGGUGUGUAGAGAGCUGCGCUGUGGGGAGGCUGUAAACGCACCAAAAUAUGGUCACUUUGGACCAGGAUCAGGACCAAUCUGGAUGGUUGAUGUGAACUGUAGAGGAUCAGAGUCGACACUGAAGGACUGUGGGUCAGCGGGGAGAGGGGAGCGUUACUGUAAUCAUAAUGAUGAUGCUGGAGUCACCUGCUCAGGUCAGAUUUUGAGACUCACUGCUGGUCCUCACCGGUGCUCUGGGAGAGUGGAGGUGUUUCAUGGAGGUUCCUGGUCCACAGUGUGUGAUGCUGACUUUGACCAGCAGGAUGCAGAGGUUGUGUGUCGAGAGCUGGACUGUGGGAUUCCUGUGGAGGUUCUGGGAUCAGCUGCUUUUGGACGAGGGGAGGGUCAGGUGUGGACAGAGGAGCUUCAGUGUAGAGGAACUGAAUCUGACAUUACCUUCUGUCCAACAUCAUCUUCACUCAAACACUCACACUGUUCCCAUGACAACGAUGUGGGAUUAAUAUGUUCUGGUCACACAGAGGCGCGGCUGGUGAACGGACCGGACUCCUGUUCUGGUCGAGUGGAGCUCCAGUACCUCGGUGAGUGGGGCACAGUUUGUGCUGUAGGCUGGGAUAUGAGAGCUGCAGAUGUUCUGUGUGCACAGCUGGAUUGUGGGAGAGCUGUGGCUGUGGUGGAGGUGGACUGGUUUGGGGAGGGGAGUGGCCACAUCUGGGCUGAUGUGUUUGAUUGUCAGGGGAAGGAGACACACCUAUCACGAUGUGGUGUCUCAUCAUGGAGUCGAGCUGCAUGCUCUCAUAAACACGACGCUGGAGUCAUCUGUAAUGGAUCAUCCAUGGUGUUUCAUGAGGGGCGAGUGCGGUUGUCUGGAGGGAGAGAGUGUCAGGGGGAGGUGGAGAUUUAUUUCAGGCAGCACUGGAGGAGAGUUCUCCUGGACUCGUGGAGUCUGUCUGAGGCGUCUGUGCUCUGCAGACAGCUGGGCUGUGGCUCUGUGCUGAACUACCGCUCCUCUCCAUCCACCACUGAACACAAACACAUGUGUGUAACGGGUUUCAGCUGCUCUGGGAGUGAAGCUCAUCUGGGGAACUGCAGCAGGCCACAAGCUGAACCUGUCAACUGCAGCUCUGGGGAACAGCUCUACAUCACCUGCUCAGGUAAACAUAAUAAAGGCCCCCGCUCCAUCAGGUUGGUUGGUUCUGGGGGAGACUGUGCAGGAAGGCUGGAGGUUUUCCACAGCGGCUCGUGGGGGACAGUGUGUGAUGACUCGUGGGAUAUUGAGGAUGCCCAGGUGGUGUGCAGACAGCUGCAGUGUGGAGUGGCCCUCAGUACCCACAUACCAGCCUGGUUUGGUCCUGGAACUGGGUCCAUAUGGCUGAAUGAGGUGGAGUGUGAGGGGAACGAGACGUCCCUGUGGAACUGCAGAUUUCAGCUGUGUGAAGAGGGUGAAUGUGGACACCAUGAGGACGUAGGAGUCGUCUGCUCAGAGUUUAAAGAGAUCCGACUCUCAGAGGGCUGUGAGGGGAAUCUGGAAGUGUUCUACAAUGGAACCUGGGGUAAUGUGUGUUACAAUCAGAUGGAUGAUGAGACGGUAAACAUGGUGUGUCGAGAGCUGAACUGUGGAAGACGAGGCAGUCUGUCAAACACUGAAGCACGAGUAAAAUCUGCUCCUAAUUGGCUGGAUGAACUGAAAUGUAGGAAACACGACUCUAAUCUGUGGCAGUGUCCAUCUUCACCCUGGGGACAGAACAGAUGUGAUAAUCGUGAUGAAGUGGCUCGUAUUACCUGCACAGAAGAUGGAACGUCUCUACGUACUCAUGGGACAUGUUCAUCAUUUCCUCUUCAGAAAUACUGCUCAAAGCACUGGUCUCUCAGGCUGAGUGGAGGAAAGGGAAGCUGCUCUGGGAGGUUGGAGGUGUAUCAUAACUCUACGUGGGGCUCCGUUUGUGAUGAUCGGUGGAACAUCAGGAACGCUCAGGUGGUGUGCAGACAGCUGGGCUGUGGGUCGGCGCCGAGUAAUGAUAGGAAUGUUUGGUUGGGUUCUGGUGAAGGGACUAUCUGGAUGAACAGAGUGAAGUGUCGAGGGGAUGAGAUUCACCUGUGGGACUGUCAUCAUUCCCUGAAGAACCACACUGACUGCUCUCAUGCUGGAGUCACCUGUGCAGACAUAUCCACCAUGUCCACUGCUACACCCACCACCACCACCACCACCACCACCACCAAAUCAGGUAUGUUAAGUCCACCCACCCCUCCACUGGUUCUCUUUGUGUUGGGAACGCUGCUCUUCCUGGCCUUAGUGCUUCUGCUGGUACUGUUUUACCAGAACAGAUUUCUCAGGAGAGUUGUCUCUAGGACGAGGCGUAAGACUGAGUCUGAGGCAGUCUAUGAGGAGAUCAACCACAGAUACAUGGCUAGAAGAAUCACGAGCUUCACUCAAAGAGGAAGUCUCCUCUCUGAAGAACAGCAUUCUGGGUAUGAGGAUGUGGAUGAUGAGCUUCUCUCAGAGGAUGAAGCUGAGAAUUAUGAUGACACCAUUACAGUUGAUCAGAAGUCAGUUAUACUGACAGAGGACGUGUCCGAGAACUAUGAUGAUGCAGUUACCACUGAAACAAACCCAAACAUCAUCACAGACAAUCCAGAAGAUUAUGAUGAUGUCAUCACUGAGGAACAGGAUGUAGGAGAGACAGAAGAAUAUGAUGAUGUGGAGGAGAAAUCUCAGAAAGACAGGGACCAUGUGACUGAGACACGCCCCAAAGAUCAGGGCUACCAGGCGAUAGUCAUUGAGGCGGGCAGGCUGUGGUUUCUUUGUGACAAGAACAAUGACUGCUUAAAGCACAUGGGGAUUAUAGAUGGUUCCAGGAAGAGGUUGAAUAUCUCCAUGAAGACAGGCACUAGCUUGUCAGAGCAGGCCUUCUGGACCCGACCCGUGAUGCCAUCUGGUCCUGCUGACUUCCAGGUGAUCCAGGAAGAGUCGACUCCACCAGAGGACUACGAUGAUGCCGCCACUGCUGGACCGAUCCCUGAUCACGUGGAUGAGGAUGAAGCUGAGAAUUAUGAUGACGGCAUUACGGCUGAUCAGAAGUCAGUUAUACUGACAGGCUACCUGAACACGGGCUAUUAG